AUGCUGGAACGGUCCUUAAAGGUUGUCAACAUACAUGCUGCUAGUGAGAAGUUUGCUGAAUUAGUUCAUCUCCUUGAGUCAAGUUUUGAUGUGAGAACUUUCAAAGAGAAGCUGGAAGAUGAAUAUCUUGAGAUACCUACAGACAGUGUGAAACGCGUUUGUGCAGGACUUAUACUACGAGAAAUAAAGGACUUUUGGCGAGUGGCACUUCUUGUAUCCAUUCUCUCCAACCCAGAAGCUGAAAAUGCUGCUGGCAUCCUCAACAAGCAGGAUGAGCUGCAUUGGAGAAAAGAGAAAUACAUCAGAGUUGAGCGUGCCAUAACUGACUUAGAUCUUGAUGGGGUGUGGAAGCUGAAGCUGGUACUUGACGGCAAAUCUAUUAUGGGUGAUAUGCAGGUCAAGUCAGGAGGUCCAUUGAUAGGAAAAUGGCAACAACGUGCCCUGAAAUGGCAGCUUGCGCAUCCGAACGGAACCAUGGAUGAGUGCAUCGAAUGGAUGAAACAGUCGCAGUCGAAAUGCCAAAAAGUAGAAUCCAGCACCUGAUACGGGAUGGCAUUUUGAGCAUAGGCAUAAGCCAUAGGCAGUCUUCAGAUAGGUAAACCAGCUGCAGUAGCAACAGUUUGCGUCAGUUUAGCCACCACCUGGGUUGAACACUGAAACGCCUGCUGCCACCAAUGGGAAAUGUAAGAUCGUCAU